CUCCCGCUCGUUCAAGCUUUGCGACAGAACGCGGGGAUUAUAACUGCAGUGUCUGCGAAACCACCUUUCCCCGUCAUGUGUGGGCGCGAUUCGCAGACUCACCUACUCUGCUGCGGGUCGCCGAUUCCUGUGCGCUGCCACUGUUGCAUCUCAGCUCGACGACAAACGAGACGUCCAAAGUGUUCUUCGGCAAGAGUCCGUACAGAAGCGGUGGCAGUUAGAUAAAAACUGUAACGAAAAGCUUUUGCAUCGGUUUCUCGUGGAAUCGUUUACGUUACGUGUUCCGUCGUCUUACGGCUCUCCGUCGAAGACACUCACACAGCAAGGUGCUUAGCUAUUGGCAGUUCAGUAUUAUACUUGCCGAAGCCCAGGACCUGAAAGGCCGGUCGACAAGUUUCGUGUGGACGAGUGCAAUACAUUUACCAUCGUCUGCGAGCAGGCCAUCAAAGAAGACUGUUUGCGACGCCUUGACAACAACACUUGUGGCUCAUUGAGUUGGCAUUCCCAUGCCUUGAAGGGUGUAUUAGGCCUGCCGCCAGGUUUCUUGUGAUACACUUGCUAUCGUCCUUCUGUGGCUGUACGAUCCCUUCAAAGAACCGGUGGUAUAAUCGAUGCACUGAAAUCUAGAGUCACGGAAAAGCUCCUUCGCUAGCGACUUCGUUAAGUUUGUCACUUUCGUGCAGUAGGCCGUUGCCUUCAUAUUAGGGACGUCACAGUUCCAUGUUCCCAAAACUAGCUUCCUAGGCCUGUCGUCAGGCGCGAUGGCUCGCCAGGGUUCUGCGAUCAGGGUCGCAGUCAUCGGAGCCGGAUGCUCGGGCGUCACCGCCGUCAAGGCAUGCCUCGAAGAGAACCUCGACGUCGUGUGCUUCGAAGCGGCCUCGAACUCCGGCGGUCUGUGGUGGUACCGCGACGAAGAACACGAGGAGCUCUUAGACGCCGGCACAGUGAUGCGGUUCACGGUCUGCAAUACCAGCAAGGAGAUGUGCGUCUACAGUGACUUCCCGCCCAACAAGGACUGGCCGAUCUUCCUGGGCCACAAGAAAAUGCUCCAGUACAUUCGGGACUAUGCGGACCACUUCAGGGUGACGCCUCGGAUCCGUUUCAGGCACAAGGUGGUCGACCUGAGCGAAGACCUGACGCUGAGAGUGCGCAAUUUGGAGACAGGUGAGGAGUUCGAGGAGAGCUUCGACAGGGUGAUGAUCUGCACGGGACACCACGCGAUACCGUCGGUGCCAGUGAUUCCGGGAAGGAGCAAGUUCAAGGGCCGGGUACUGCACUCGAGAGAAUACAAGUACACCGAUGACAGCAUUCGUGGAAAGAGGGUAGUGAUCGUCGGGUUCGGAAACUCGGCAGUCGACAUCGCCGUUGACAUGGCCGACGUUGCUGAGGUGGUCUUUCUCAGCAUAAGAAGAGCCAACUGGGUCGUACCACGUCACCAUGGUGGCGUUCCCAUCGACGUCGUCUUCUCGAAACAGCUGUACAUGUUCAUGUACGAGUACUUACCGAUAAGAUUAAGCUCGUGGUUCAUGCAGCGAACCGCAAACGAUGCCUUCGACCACAAGGCCCUGGGCCUCGAGCCGCAGCACCAGCUUCUGGCUCAAUACGCGGUCAUCAACAGCGCUUUGCCGGAGAAGGUGCUGAACGGACAAGUCAAGUUUCGCGGUGAGAUCGAAGCCUUCACGGAGCAUGGCGUCAUCAUGGACAGCGCCGAGGAGCCCGCGGACGUGGUGAUCUUCGCCACGGGUUACAAGAACGACGUACCUUUCGCCUCGAGCGUGCUUCGUCGAGACAAGAACUUUCCCUUGCUCUAUCACCGAAUAUUUCCGCCCGAAUACCCUCGCGUCGCAUUCAUCGGGUUCGUUGACGUCAACGCAUGCAUGCUGAUGAUUUCCGAGAUGCAGUCCCGCUACGCCGUCCAGGUCUUCACAGACAAGCUCAUCGCUGCCUACGUCGAACACCAUGCUCGCCGAACUCGUGAUGAGGAUGAAGGACGCCCGGAGAUUCUUCGUGCCUUCGCCUCGUCACGCGAUGAUGGUCGACCAGGCCACCUACAUUGGGGACCUUGCGAGCACGAUAGGCGUUAGGCCUAACUUCCGUCGCAUGCUGUACACUGACCCGUGGCUGUUCUUCGCCGCGGUCCGCGCUCCCACGCUUAACUACAAGUACCGCCUCGAAGGCCCGCAUGCCUGGCCAGGAGCGAGAGACGCCAUAUUGGGGUACCAGACCCGGAUGAAGGCGCCACUCAAGCCACCCGCAACGCUGCCUCGCUCUGAUCGGAAGCGCCUACAAAUCACCCUCGUCACGGUUGUGCUCCUUAUUGUGGUGCUCUGUCUGGCCGUCAUGCUCACUUCUGAGUUCCCGCUGUUUAGCGCAAUCAUCUGGUGCACAGGCGCACUGGUGCUUUAGGGUCAGUCAAUGAACUCAACACAUUUGCAGUCAGGCUGGAUGUAUUGGAUUGCUGCUUGUGAUAAUCCUUAGGUUAUUGAAUUUGUUCCACCACGAGACGUUAAUGGCCUUGUAGUGGUGUGCAUGGUUAACUGCGUUACAGCUACUGUAUUCGUAAAAGGUAUCUAGGACACUUCGCGGAUUACCAGAGCUACCUAGCCGAAUGGUGGAGGCAGUGCUCUCAGAUGCGAUGGACGCCACAAUCGAUUUUUUAAAUAAGUUAGCGCGUUGGCUUGUGUUGUGGCAA